AUGCCAGUAGAAGAAACAGAAACAGAAGUCAUUUUGACUCAUCCAAAAGAUGCAAGCACUAAGGUCUCAAUUUUAAAGUAUGGUGCUACUAUUACUUCGUGGAAGAAUCAAGGAGAUGAAAAAUUAUGGUUAUCAAAAGCAGCAAAGCUUGAUGGAUCCAAACCAGUAAGAGGGGGGGUUCCAUUAGUAUUUCCAUGUUUUGGAAAGUGUAAAGAUGAGAGCAAUCCAGCAUACAAGUUACCACAACAUGGAUUUGCAAGAAAUUCUACCUGGGAAUUUUUAGGACAAACUACUGAAGAUCCCUUAACUGUUCAAUUUGGAUUAGGACCAGAACAAGUAGAUGAAGAAUUGUACAAAUUGUGGAAUGAUGGAUUAUACGACUUCACUCUAAUCUUGUCAAUUACUUUGGGUGACAAUUAUUUAAAAACUAAUAUUGAAGUUGAAAACACUGGUGAUAAAGAUUUCAAGUUCAAUUGGUUGUUCCACACUUACUUCAAUGUCCCAGAUAUUACUGAUAUAAUUGUUAAUAAUCUUACUGAUGCAAAAUGUUACGAUCAAUUGAUUGGUGAAACAUACGAAGAAAAAGCUCCAAUGAUUAGCUUUACCGAGGAAUUUGACAGGAUCUAUCAAGGUAUUGAUACACAAAAAACUUUUCAAAUGAUUGAAUUAGGUAAGGUAGUGAUGAAUGUUCAAAGAGAAAAUUUGCCUGAUACUGUUGUCUGGAAUCCAUGGAUCAAAAAGUCCGAAGGUAUGGCCGAUUUCGAGCCAAAGAAGGGCUACAUGAACAUGUUGUGCAUAGAGCCAGGCCAUGUUGCAGAAUUCAAGAAUUUGAAGUCUGGUGAAAAAUGGAGUGGUGCACAAAUUUUGUCUACUGGUGGCGAAAUUAAAGUUCAAACUAACAUUUAUUAA